AUGGUGACCAAAUUGACAGCCUUGCAGCAGGAGCUGGUCAAUGCAUUGGUCGGCUCUGGGCUCACCAAAGAGACCCUGGUCGAAGCUCUUCAGGAACUGGAGCCUUAUCCAGCUGGCCAGGGCGAGGAGGCUCAGGGCUCAGCGCUCAGCAUCCUCCCCAGCGGUGUCUCCAAACCCGAAUCCCUGCCGGCCUUACUGAACGGCCACUGCCACCCCGACAAACUCUCCGGGGACGAGAGCUCGGAGGACGGCGACGAUGACUACGACACUCCGGCCAUCCUGAAGGAACCGCUCAAUCUCAGCCCCGAGGAAGCCGCUCAGCAGAAGGCGAUCGUGGAACAGUUUCUCCAGGAGGACCCAUGGAGGGCAGCAAAGAUGAUCAAGUGCUACAUGCAACAGCACAAUAUCCCCCAGCGAGAAGUGGUGGACACAACUGGCUUAAACCAGUCUCACUUAUCACAACAUCUGAAUAAGGGAACACCAAUGAAAAACCAGAAGAGGGCUGCUCUCUACACCUGGUAUGUCCGGAAACAGAGAGAGAUUGCCCAGCAGUACAGCAAUGCAGCUCAGGGAGCUCCCGGGGAAGAACCUGUUGAAGAGCCAACCGGCAAGAAGAUGCGGAGGAACCGAUUCAAGUGGGGGCCCGCCUCGCAGCAGAUUUUAUUUCAGGCUUAUGAGAGGCAGAAGAACCCAAGCAAGGAAGAACGGGAAGCAUUGGUUGAAGAGUGCAACAGAGCAGAGUGUAUACAGCGAGGCGUUUCCCCAUCACAAGCCCAUGGCCUGGGCUCUAACCUUGUGACCGAGGUGCGGGUAUACAACUGGUUUGCGAACCGUAGGAAAGAAGAAGCUUUUCGUCACAAAUUAGCAAUGGAUGCAUAUGGCACUCAGCAACCCCACACCGUAACCCCCGUGACACCUCAUAGUAACUCGCCCAUGCAGCCAAGUGCCUUGUCGCCCAGUAAAUUGCAAGGUAUAAGAUACGGGCAGCAAGCUUCCAAUGAUGUGCCUACAUCUGUGAGUCAUCAGAGUAACAGCACCAUGGUGACAACUCACACUGUACUGCAGCCUGUUUCUCCUCCAGGUCUGGAGCCAAGCCAUAGCUUGUUAACGACUGAUACCAAACUGAUAGCUGCGUCAGGAGGAACCCUUCCCCCGGUCAGUACACUGACUGCCCUUCACAGUUUACCCCACAACCCACACGCUGUAGCUCAGCAGACCCAGAACCUCAUCAUGGCUUCCUUACCAAGCGUCAUGGCCAUUGCACCGAGUGAGUCAACCUGCCUGUCGCCCGCACUCACCAAUGGGGGAGCUUCUGCUUUGGUCAUCGGCCUUGCUACGACUCAAGCUCAAAACGUUCCGGUCAUCAACAGCGUGGGAGGGAGCCUGACGACCCUUCAGCCCGUACAGUUUCCACAGCAACUGCAUGCCCACCACCAGCAGCCAAUCAUGCAUCAGGUCCAGGGUCACAUGGCUCAGAGUUCAUUCAUGGCUACAAUGGCCCAGCUUCAAAACCCACACGCUGUAUACAGCCACAAGCCAGAACUCCCACAGUACCACACCAGUCUCUUCCCCCAGACUAUGGUCUUCACGGACGCCAGCAAUCUCAGCAGCCUCACCAGUCUCCCCAUGGCGAAGCAGGUUCUUACACUAAAUUCGGAAAGCCAGUCAGAAAACCAGAUCAAUACAUCAGCGCAGCAAGUCCCCUUGCAGAAUCUGGAAGGUUCCAUUCAACAUAUCCAUCGGAUCUCUGCAAGUCCAGCCAUCACCACAGGUAGUCUGGUCAUGUAUCAAAACACACAGCCAGCGGAUGGCCACCUCCUGUCACCGAGUCAAAGCAGCAUUGAGACCUUCAUCUCGCCACAGAUGUCCUCCACUGCACCGUAA